AUGUGUCCCCCCCUGCAGGAGGCACUUUCCGUGGUGAGCGAGGACCAGUCCAUAUUCGACCCCUCCUACGGCCCUCCCCACCUCAUGAAGACAGAGGUGCCCCCUGCCGAGGAGUACAACGGCAAGGAGAGGCCGGCGCUGGGGGAGCCGGACUGGUCCAGUCAGACCAGCAGGGGGCACACUGUGAAGAGGGAGAAUGAGAAUGUCAACUGCUCCAGACAGUCCCCCGUGGACUGCAGUGUAUCCAGACGCAGCAAAUCCGGGAGCGACCCACACCCCAUCCCCUACUCAGCCAGCUACAGCGACCAGCGGAGCAGCCCCCCAGCCAACCCCCCCAGCGAGGAGAAGAGGGUUAUCGUCCCAGCAGACCCUGGCGUGUGGACCCAGGACCACGUGCGCCAGUGGCUGGACUGGGCGGUGAAGGAGUACGGGCUGGAGGAGGUGGACGUGGGCCUGUUCCAGCACGUGGAUGGCAAGGAGCUGUGCAAGAUGGGCAAGGAGGAUUUCCUGCGCCUUACCUCGCCCUACAACGCCGACGUGCUGCUGUCUCACCUGGCCUACCUGCGGCAGAGUACGGCCAUACCCCACGGAGCCCCGCCCACCAACAGGGUGCCCCGCCUUUCCACCAACAAGGAACCCCCCCACUGACAGGGAGCCCCGCCCACCAACAGGACGCCCCCCAAAACUAACCCCCCCCGACUCCCUUUUCACCCCCCAGAUCCAUACCAGGUCCUGGGACCCACCAGCAGCCGCUUGGCAAACCCAGGCAGUGGCCAGAUCCAACUGUGGCAGUUCCUGCUGGAGCUGCUGUCGGACAGCAGCAACGCCGGGUGCAUCACGUGGGAGGGCACCAACGGGGAGUUCAAGAUGACGGACCCGGACGAGGUGGCGCGGCGCUGGGGCGAGCGCAAGAGCAAGCCCAACAUGAACUACGACAAGCUGAGCCGGGCCCUGCGCUACUACUACGACAAGAGCAUCAUGACCAAGGUGCACGGUAAACGUUACGCCUACAAGUUCGACUUCCAGGGCAUCAGCCAGGCCCAGCAGAACCACCCGGGCGAGGGGCCCCUCUACAAGUACCACCCGGCCGACAUGUCCUACCUGCCCUCCUACCACCAGCAGAAGGUGGGCUUCGGCCUCAGCCACGCCGCCCAGCUGCCCGUCUCCUCCGCCGGCUUCUUCGGGGCCCCCUCACCCUACUGGAAUGCCGGCUCCGGGAACCUCUACCAGAGCUCGCCCGUGCCCCGGCCCACCGCCGGCCACCUGAACUCCUUCUACUAGCCACGGGGGGCGCCCAGCCUGCCGCCGGCCACCUGAACUCCUUCUACUAGCCACAGGGGGCGCCCGGCCUGCCGCCGGCCACCUGAACUCCUUCUACUAGCCACAGGGGGCGCCCGGCCCACCGCCGGCCACCUGAACUCCUUCUACUAGCCACGGGGGGCGCCCGGCCCACCGCUGGCCACCUGAACUCCUUCUACUAGCCACUGAGGGUGCCCGACCUGCUGGCGGCCACCUGAACUCCUUCUACUAGCCAUGGGGGAUGCUUGGCCCGCCGCUGGCCACCUGAACUCCUUCUACUAGCCAUGGGGGGCGCCUGGCCCGCUGCUGGCCACCUGAACUCCUUCUGCUAGCCACGGGGGGUGCUUGGCCUGCUGCUGGCCACCUGAACUCCUCCUGCUAGCCACAGGGGGUGCCCGGCCUCCUGGCGGCCACCUGAACUCCUUCUACUAGCCAUGGGGGGUGCUUGGCCUGCCGGCGGCCACCUAAACUCCUUCUGCUAGCCACAAGGGUACUCCAGCCUGCCAGCGGCCACCUGAACUCUGUCUACUAGCUACGGGGAGGAAGGGGGUGCCAUGGCGCAUGGGGGCUCCCUAAAUGCCUACUAGCCACAGGUGGGGUCCCCCCAAACAUGGAUAGCCACGUGGGAUCCUUCUGCUGCCUGUCCCCAGCCCUGUUGCAGCCUCCCGCCCAACCAGUGCCUGGAAAGACCUCCCCCUUCCCUUCCCCGAUAGUGGGGUGCCCCCGACACCUGAGGGUUUUGGGGGGCCAGGGGCUCCCCACAGUGGCUGGACUCCUCCUGCUCUGGACUGGGCAGGGCCCUGGGGGACAGCCCGUAGGGUGCAGGGUUUUUUAAAUGAGGGAUUAACCUGCAGUUGUCCCUCCCAGCAGGCAGAACAUCCCCCGCCCCCAGUCCUGCCUUGAGCAGGUGCCUCCUCUCCCAGCGUGGCUCCCACAACAGGUGCUCGUUAAACACUGUGGGACGCCUGUUGGGGGGUGGGGCUGGCUGGCUGAGAACACCUUUUGGGUGAAGCGACUGGCUGUCGAGCGUGGACAUCUGUCAGGAGUGGAGGCUGGUUGUUGUCUUUGGUCACAGCAGGGAGAGCCCAUUGAGUGUGGAUGCCUGUUGUAACUGGCGCUAGCUGUUACCUCUAGACACUAGGGGGCACCUGUUGUGUGGGGGGUGCCUAUGGAGGGGUGGAAACCGGCUAUUGCCUCUGGAUAUACAGGGCUGGAUCAGGAAUCCCAGCCAGGUGCCUGCCCCAUUCAUCCCCUCAUCCCAACCUCCCCCCUGUAGGCAGGACCCAUGGUAGCAGCCCCCCACCCUGGGGAAACGGUGUGCGGAUACGCUGUAGCGCCGCUGCUCUGUGGGGGAUUGUAUCCGUGACACCCCACCCCCCAGCUCCAUGGGGCUGACAGCGACUGUAAUAUGCCUCCUCCCUCACCCCAUGUAUUAAAGGUUGUGUUGUUA